AUGAACACCCCCCGACUCCGAGCGUUCGUGGAUUACCACCGUUACUUCACAUCCAUCGAACCCCGAGCUAUCCAUACCGCGAGCCCUUCCAAGUUGCUGUACUUCUCUGCCGACUCCGUCCUGAACUCUACGUUGAGCUACAGGACGGAUGUCAGCUACGUAGUCGAAAGUCAUUCCGACGCGACUCACGUCACCACCACUGAGAUUCAAAAGGGGAUGGAUACAGCGCCCUACGUCGUUGUAACCACCGGAAGCCUUUUCUCCGACAAAGUGUCCAUUAACGGGGAAACCGCUGUACGAAUCAACAAAUGGUUGUCACCGUUGAAAACUUUUGCCAUGUUUCCCGUUAAAUUUGAACAAGAUGGAGGUGUGUACAUUUGGAGGUGUCAAGGAGAUGGUCAACUCAUAUUGUACGAAGGUGUCGACUCCCAUACGCCCAUUGCAUGGUUUCAACGCAGUCGUCGACGAUUAGUGAAUAAUUUGCCGACCGUCCAUCCUGCGUCUCUCGCACUCCAACCCGCCGCCGUGAAGAUUCAAGACAUAGUGGUGGCGUCCUUCUUGAUUCUAGAACACAAGCGAAGAACGACACUCCAAAAGCGUUCAAACUCCAAAAUUCUGCCUCGGUGA